AUGGACGAGCAUGCUGUGAAACGAGAUGCUCAUGAGAAGAGAGUGAAGGUCCUCAGGGAAGUUUUGGGACGGGCAGAUGCCGACAUUUUGUCUGCAUCCACAGAGGCGGAGACGACUCGCAUCUGUGCCGAAGCCCAUGCACAAGCCGGCGAGUUGUUGCACCGCUGGCGAUUUCAUGACGAUGUAAGCUUUGAAGACCUCCAUCGCUGCUGUCAGGAAGCCCUGAAGGGCUUCGAAGUCGCUGUGCCCUUGCCCCCCUUGCCUCUCAAAGACCCCCGAGCUGCUCCAUCGGCCAAGCCGGCGGCGGCGGAGGAGACUGCAGAGUCAACUGCGAAUGACAUGACACCCUUCGAUUGGUUUUUCCUGCAAUCGUCGAAUGACGACGUGAUUUCGGCUUUGAAGGCUGUCACGGUUGAGCAGCAUCCGGAACUGGACGGCUAUGACUUGCUUUUCGGACUUCCUGAACUCUGGCGGUUCAAGACCCCCUUUGCUACCUGGUACAGCAAGUCCUACCACAGCUGUGCCGUGCCUUUGCUUCUUGACUGGGGCUUCAGCGAGUGUCACGUCAUUCGCCGGAGCAUCUACAAGGGCGAAAAAGUGAACAAGACCAAGAUAAAGCUCCCCAUCGACACCGCCAGCUUGCCGGGCUGUGUCUCCGUGGUAGCUUCCUUCCUGCAAAACCGUUCUGCGAGUGCCGAGGCUCUCACACAGACCUGGGACCUGCUGGCCCUUUUCGACAAGUUCUCUCGGAAAUCCGGGAAGCUUGCUCUGCUGCCAGGAGUUGCAGCGGCGGAGUUGCCGCUGCAGAACAACACGAUCCUCAUCGAGGAUUGGAGUCGCUGUUGCGGUGCCCUCGGCCUGGAAAUCCUCGCAUCCGAAGUGACGAGGAGUUUCCCCAAUGAUCGUCUUUAUAUCACCCUCGGCAAGGCUUUGUUUGUCCUGCUCCGAAGUCGGCAGAAGCCCAGCAUCAAGGAAUCUGUGCAAGCUCAGAGAAUCACAAAGCGGGUUGUGCACACUUGGACUCAGUCGGUGCAGAGAUCCUUCGAAGGGCAAGGCAGUCCACUUCUUGAUGUUUGCCCCGAGCCCAGCCGAUGUGCCAGCUUUCAUCCGCUCUCCAAAUCCUCCCGAAUGAAAGGCUCAACAGUUCUUCGUGAGAACUUGCUCAACCGCUUUUCGAAAAAAUCCUCUGGAUUUGUCACCACGAAAGAAGAGCUCAAUCUGCAGCAAUUGGGGCUGAUAAGCUCCAAUUCUCGCUUCGCGAAGGCAACUGCAGACGAGUUUCUCCUCCGCUGGCUGGCAAAGGCCAGCACAAAGGCACAGGCCUCUGCAGCCGAAGGCACACGGUUGGCGAACUGGUGCAUGGACUCGGCUCGUGCUUGCACUUUCCAGGUCCUGGCCCUCCAGUGCCAAUUGGGCGACACCGAAGCCAGCCUCAUACAGGUGCUGCCAGACACGGCCAACAGUGCUCCCAGCGGCACAACCUUGCAGGCCCUCAACGUGGCCCUGCAAGGAGGUGGACUUCAAAGUGGAGGUGUGAAACUACAACCGACCUUCAAAGAGCUGCGAAGCUAUCGUGUCUCCACAAAGAACUUGCUGCAUGCCACGAAAAACAGCUUGGCACUCCUUUAUCCGAACUUUUCAUUUGCAGCUUGCCUUCCCGAAAACGUACUGCAUCCCAACAGCAGCGCCUGCGACCGCUACCUCAUGACCGACAAGGAGAAGGAGAUCCACGGCUUGAAAGCCAACCGCGACUUUUACUUCCUCCACCGCAACGCCGACGAUGUGAGCCUGCCUGACUUUCCCAGCUCCUCACAGAAGGACGUCUUUCGCCUGGUCUUCAGCGGAGACGAAGGAUCGGAGAACCUGGGCUGCUUCCUCCACCUGGCACACUGCAACGUGCAGGUCGUUUGGUGGCCAGACUUGCCCCACAAGCUUCACCGGAAGCAGGCGGCAGCUCUCAAAGAAUGUCCUGCAGCAGCACAACUCCUCAAAUUGGCCACGAAAGUCUUCAGGGCCACAAGGGGUCCCUAUGGAAGCUCGCGAUUUGGCCGGGGCAGGAAGGAGAGCAGAACCAGAAUGCUGUCCGCCCUGGACGAGUGCCCCGACUCGAACUUCUUGCAGUGCUGCUUAAGUGGCAUGGCCAGGGACCAAGGCUUGCAGGUUUUUGUACCUGAAGCAAAGAUUCUUCUGGCUAUUCUGCUGCCAGGCACCCUGCACUGGUCCGGUUCGGACGAGGUCAAAGAGGGCAGCUGGCACAUGCAACUGGCAGAACUCCUCUGGCAGUACUGGGAAACGGGGGAGAACCCGUACUUGAAUCCGCAACAGGACGAUUCUGACAAGGCGGACUCCUACUCCAUCCGUGCUCUUGCCUUCCAGGUGCUUUCGGAUGCCACGAACCAGGAUAAACUCAGAUCCUUGAUCGCGAUCUUCAAGCCCGCUCGGAAGUGGAUGACACAGCUUGAGAAAGACCUGCAGAGCGAGGCCAAAGGUCCCGUGCGGCAGGCUUUCGCCCUGGCGACAGGAGCACGAGUGCAGCAUCUUGUGAGGGAGACAAUCGCCUCAAGCACGACCUUCGAAGCCUUGCAGUACAUCGGUGUGAGCGAGUGCAACGACGAGUCCGCCGACACCAUGGAAGUCCACACUGCCAUGCUUUGUGCCUGGUUGGGUCGCCUGGUGGAGCUUGCUGACCACCACCGAUGUUUGCCCUGGCGAGCGAUCCUUGCCACGAACGACCGCCGGUUCGCUGCACUGCUGGACAGCCUUCGCCGCGAGGUUGAGUUCGUGCACGAAUUGGACAAGCUCAGCGAGAAGGGCCAGCUGUACAAGUACAUGUCAUUUACUCGCUGGCAAUGUGUUCGUGAGCUGCUCGUGGAGGCCGAGUCCAUUAACUUCGACAGCAACCACGAGGAUGCUAACGAGGUCCGAAAGAUCUUCCUGGCGGCUGCAGGGCUGAAGCACACGGAUGCAGAGGCUUCGCUAUUGACCUCUCUCCCCUGCGAGCUCAUUUUCAACGAUCUGCGGGAUGGUGAACGGAGAGGCCAGAAGCAAGACUACCGAUCCCCGCCGGCAAUCUGCUGUGCUGCGGUGAAAAGUGGCUGGUCACGAUCACCACUUGCUCACAUCCAGCUGGAGGGAAAAGACUGGUCUGACAGAAGCUCCGCUCGCCAUCUGAAGGCGAAUAUUUUGCAAGGCGCUGCGAGAGCCACGGACAAAGAGCUCGGCAUCCCCAUGCAGCAGCUCACGAAUGCGAGGGUUUGCGAGCACAUCACGAAGCCGCACGUGUUGACACAGCGGCUCCAACUGUACUGCUGCCUGUCCGAUGAGUUCUCAAGAAGCCGUGCCGUGAACUUGGAGCUCUUGCUGGCCAACUCCUGGCCCUGCAAGAUGCUGUGCGCCAUGUGCCUCUGGAAGGUUACGGCUGAUGACGAGUCCGAAGUCCGUCUCGUUUUGCAAGCGGGCCCAUGGCUGACACGGUACGUGACUGUGGAGGCCACGACUGUGGAUAAUGAUGUGGAGCUCUACAAGAUUCCGACAACUGCCGCCGUGGAGGAUACCUUGCGGUUCGAUGGCAAGUCUGGGCUCCUUUCGAUGGCCACAGGGGUGGCCCAUGUGGAGCACGGCCUGUUAUUCAGGCCUCAGUGCUUCCUGCAUCCCACUCGGUUCCUCCUGACGCACAGGAUUUACAAUGUCACCUCCACAUUCGUUCAGAGCUACUGCAAACUGCUCGGGCUUCAGCUGGGCAAAAGCACACAUCAGGAUCGAGUUCGUGCCCUUCUUCAGAAAGAGGGCUACGAGCAGGAGUACAUCACUGAGGUCUUGGACAGUCUUCCUUUGCCGAAGACACGGAAACCACAAGCAAGCGACGAGCAGGAGGUUUGGUGCUCAAAAUAA